AUGGCUGAAUGCCAUGAAAUUCUUGGAAAUGAUGAGUCUGGUGUCAAUAAAUAUUUUAAUAUUAUACAGGUUUCUAUUGAUUGGAUGGUCAGUGAAUUUAUUCCAGUUAAGACUAAGAAUGGCCUAGAAGCAUAUAAUUGGAGAUAUUCCGAUUCAACUACCGUUGCUGACCCUGCAGAAGCUGUUGGUAUUCAUGCACUUUAUGAUAUUUGGGGCAUGUAUCGGGCAUGGCAACGAAGAAAUAAAUUAAAUGUUAGCUUUGAUGUUAUGGUUAAACUUACUAACACAAUGAUGUAUAUAAUAGAUCUUGGUAAUAAUACAGUUGCAACAAGAGUAGACGGUACAUAUGAUAAUAAAACCGCUCUCUUAUUUGGUCCUUGGGCAUUUUACGCUGAAUUUAUUCCUGAGUGGUAUGAAUUUGUCGCUAAUGUAAAUAUAGAUAAUGUUAGAACUGGUCCACAGUACAUAGGCGCACUGCUUUGG